AUUUAGGAAGUGUUUGUUGGGAUAAGGGCAGCAGGUCCCUGCUUUUCUAGACCACCUGCGUGUGUUAAUAGAGAAUCAAAGGUCAUGUGUUUUUUUUCUCGGAGGAUAAUUCAGUGGUGUUGACAUGAUUUGAUAAAUGAGGAAUACUUGUGAUUUAAAAAAAAUUCUCAUUUGAUAUAAAGCUCAGAGGCAGUUGAUGGGAUUUCAAAUAUUGUGUGAAACUGUGAAUCCAUUGCAUGCUUGUUCCACAACCAGCAAAAUACAGUGAUAAUUUGGGAUUUAACACACACUCAACCAUUACCAAAGUGAAGCUAGGUAACUUGAUACCAGAUGGUAGAUAACAAGAAAUAAUGAAGGUGAAGACUGUGGUACCCUUCCUAAGAUAUAAACCAAUCCAGCUUUAUAACCACACAACCGACAGUGAUCCAUCAGAUAUCAGUGCGGCAAGUAAACUUUCGUCCGAUGGCCUUGCCGCCAUUGAAGAAGAUGAUGUCUUCAUAGAAAAGGGGUCCACUAAGGACUGGAAGAAAAUGAAACUGUUUUCGUCAAAGCGGAAAUCAUCGUUGUUUAUUCCUGGGCUAAGCUUUCGUAAGAAUAAAAAGUUAUUUCGUUAUAAGGGGAGAGAACUUGCAAAUAUUGGGCCUCUAUCUGAAGACAGUCUGUUGGUAAGGCCAUGUGAUGGUGACAAUGUAAGUAUCAAGAGCAGUGUGUCAAGUUUGGAAGAACAGCUGUCGGACCAGCGUACAGACAGUGUGGAUAGUGGAAUAGACUGUCUUCAUCCAGCUUUUAUGUCCGGAGCAAACCCUUCCUGUGGAAAAAGAACGGCUGCUUCCCCUCUUUCGUCAACAGCAUCUCUUCCGUCGCAAUCAACAUCAAAGCUGUUAAGUGAUCUGCCAUCAAAUCCCAAGAUGCAGAAACGCUUUUCUGAAAGCAGCAUUUAUAGUCGUUCCCAUAGCAAAACAGGUCAAAGUUCAAAAGGUAAAGGUCGGGCUCCUAUAGCAUCACCUGAGGAUGAUUCCCUGUUAGAUAAUCCUGAUUCAGAUUCCGACUGUGACCUUCAAUCUCCUCCUCGAAAGCCUGUUUCUGUGAAGAACAGUCCUAGUGCUCAUAAUAGUUCUGCCUCUUCCUUCCAUACGCUUAGUGACUGUUCUUCUUGUGAAUCUGAUACAGACAGUUAUACAGACAGUGAUUCAAACUCUUCCUGUAGUUCUGAUGGACAGAGUUGUCGCUUUGACAGGUCGACAGAAUCAGACAGCGACUCCGACUCCGAUACUAGCCAAUGCUCAGCAUAUUAUGUUCCCCCCAAGUGCUAUUUGGAUUCCUCAUUGUCCAAAAAUGUAUCACCAGCGGUCCGCCCAGGGCACAUCCAAGUCAGCGGAGGAUCCAAGUUACCUUCUAAUUCUGUACAUACAAAUUGUGUAAAUACAAGCAAGAACGCUGCCAAACAAGAAAAACAUCGAAAAGCUCGGAUAGAAAAGGCACCACUUUCCUUCUUUCGCAAACGAAAAGACAAGAAGUCCUCCAAAGAUAGCAAAAAAGCAGACAAGUCUUUGAGCAAAAGUGAAACUAGUGAAAAGUUAUUCAACUUUCGUAGGACAGCGACAAAAUUAUUUGACAGUAGUCAUCAUACAGAGGACAGAACUUGCAGUAGAAGUAAAUCAUGUGAUAAGUUGUUCAACAGUAGUUGUAACUUCAAUACUAGUCAAAUAGGUGAUAUGUCUGUAGAUAGGCGAUCGUUGAACAGUAGCAGUCGGUCAUUGAACAGUAGCAGUCGGUCGUUGAACAAUAGCAGUCGGUCGUUGAACAAUAGCAGUCGGUCGUUGAACAAUAGCAGUCGGUCGUUGAACAAUAGCAGUCGGUCGUUGAACAAUAGUAGUCGGUCGUUGAACAAUAGCAGUCGGUCGUUGAACAGUAGUAGUCGAUCUCUCAACAGUGCAAAACGACCUGUGAAUAGUACUAGUCAAGAUGUCAACAGCAGAAGAAAUAGUAGAAGCCAGUUAAUAAAAGAUGGCAGAAAUGUGAAAAGCAGUGGAAAUAGUGUUGUGAUGGAAAACCCUCAUGUUCUGGUCAACCCUAGUCCGCAGUACAUGUCCAGUCAAGCUGAUCAUAGUAUCAUGGUAACACCAGUCAGAGAAUCUUGUUCCAUGUCCAAUCUGACAGCCGGCAGUCGCAGUGCAUUCAGUCGAUGUAACACAACAGGUUCCCUGCCGAGACAACGUAUAUCAUAUGUUGAUGGGGAGAGUUCUCGAUUCACCUCAGAGGAACCAAUAUACCAUGAGAUUGAUGACCUAGCUGUGAGAAAUGGUGCUUCCGACCAUUAUGUCAAUAUCAGAGCAACAAAUAACACUAACAUGUCCAGUUUUGGAUACGUUCAAAUGUCUGCAGUGAAAAACAUGCAACCAGUGACUGCGGAUCUUGGUCGGACAAUGAGGCGCAGUGAUGAUAGACCUCAGAAUGAAUAUUGUGAAAUGGUAGGUGAUGGACCUUUAGCUCAGAAUGAAUAUAGUGAAAUGUAUGUAAUGGACAAUUCUAUUAAUGUUUGUGAUCAAAAUAGUCAGCUUCCCCUAAACAAUUGUGAUAAAGAUGCUUCUGCAUGCUUAGAGACUUCACCUAAUAUACCAUUAGACACAUCAAAAAGUAUAGUAGAUGUGCGACGUGCCAUGAGAAAGACUGCAUUCUGGGUAGAAAAUGCCACAUAUGAUAGUACGUGUGGGUCGGAGGAUGGAUCACCUUCGUCGCUCCUGAAAGACAAGAAAUCCGUGAGUGAAAUGGACCUGUGUAAUCAAAUCAUAGAUAUUUACUUCGGUGAAGACAGCGAUUCCUCAUUGUCGUCGUCAUGCCUAGAGACCUCCCUUGACCAAGAUUCUUCCCUGUCCUUUGGAACUGAUGAAAAUGCCUCGCCUGACGAAUUUCCCACGGUACUGACGAGCCCCCAGACAAUCGAGACCAAUGUUGAUGACUACUCCGUGGCAACCUUUGUGUCAGAACCCUAUCAGACAUCUGAGGCGAGGAUGAGAAAGAUCAGAAAUGCUGACAAUGAGCCCCGCGUGCAGUUAGAUCAGACCGUGAGGAAGGCAGACACACAGAACAAAAAGCCUGAAAAACUGCCAGUAGAAAAACCUGUAUUGAAAGAGAAAUUUCAAAAUGUCAACACACCAAAGAAGUCAGAAAAGAAGAAGACUACCAGGACUCCGAGUGUUUCCCGGGUGUUCAGUAAUAGUCGGCCUCCAUCAUUACUUUCGGAACAGGAGGUUGACACCAUAACAAAGCUACACACGAUCUGUAAUAGCCAGAGGAAAGUGAGCUACCUAGAUAUCUCUAAGGCGGAGAUGGUCAUCAAACAUUACCCUCCUCCCAAGCAUGCAUCUCGCAUUAGUUGGUGUGAUCAGCUGGCUAACGACGACCUGAACCAUCACACACCCACAACCUCUCCUGCCCGGAGAUCCAUUCUUCACCAGCGUCCACAGAGCUUCAUUUUUCCAUAUGUCGAAGAUGAGCCAUCCCCAAUCGUGAUCACACGUCUCAGACGAAUCAAGUCAUCAUCAAGGAGGAAGGAAUGGCCAUGGUAACAACUAUCACAUCAGGAGGCGAAGGUCAUAUACCCAUGAAUGCAACUCGUAUCUACAGUUUUUCCAUUAAAGUGAAGGAUGAACGAACACCUGUGGAUUUGAUAAGCUGAAUACACAAGAACUGAGUUACUGGUUUUUAAGAACUCCUUGACUUACUUUGUGAUUUCGUCAUUUUUGAAGGAGUCAUUCUUUGUAUCAGCCAGUCUCUAUUCACCUUGACCUUUAACCUUCUCGGUCUAGUUUGAUUCAGUGAGGGUUCAGAUGACGUUACAUCAUCACGUUGGUGUAAUUACGUUUUGUUUUCCAUUUGUUAACAUGCGUCACGAAUCUCAGUGCUGUAUUGUUAUCUAUAUUUAUUGAAAUAAUGGGAUCACGAAAUAUUGUCCCAUGUUUGUUGACAUAAAACUU